AUCUAGCAGUUUCCAUUUCGCACCCUGUUUCUCUCCUCUCUCUGCUCGUGUUCCGCGUUGAGAGAGGCCGGCUGGCAUCGACGGACAUGAGCCGCCCAUCGUCGCCGAUCCUGAUCUCCGACGACGAGAAGGAGCCGGCCGCGGCGCCGGUUGCCGCUGUCCAGGGUGCAAAGGACGAGCAGGCCCCGGUGGCGGUGGCGGAGGGGUCCAACGACGGCGACGGGAUCGAGACGCCGAGCUGGCUCCCCGACGGAUUCGAGAUAGAGGGGUACUACGAGCGCGACGGCACCUUCAAGGCGACGGCCUACAUCUGCCCGGUGAGCGGCCUCAAGUUCGCCAUGAUGAGGGAGGUGCUGGACUACUGCUGCUCCGACGGGAUGGAGCGUGCCAUCGCCGGAAAAGAGACGCUCCAGGACAAGACCACCCUGCAGGGGAAGUACGCGUGGCUCAGGCAAAAGCACGGGUGGGUGCUCGAGAUCAGGGCCGGGGGUGAGAACUUCAGCAAAAUGUUCAAGUUUUAUACUCACCUGUCUACUGGGGUGCAGCUUGCAUCGAAAAAUGAAGUACUACGCUACAUAGAUGAGGCCGAACUCCCUGAAUAUGUCAAUGGAGAUUGUGACACAAGCAGCGAAGAUAAUAUCAUUGCGCAACUUGAGUUCAGCAUCAAUUCCCUUCCACCCGGAUGGGUCAAGGAAACUACAUUCAGGAAAUGCAGCGAUGGCAUCAGAAAAGAUACGUUUUAUACGGAUCCGAUUACUAAAAAAGUAUUCCGCUCGUUGAAGUCUGCGGAACAAUACUUCACAUCCGGAGAACCUGUGGGCGCUCAUGUACCAAUCAUGAGUGUCACUGAUAUGUACUAUUUUGACAGGUGCACAGAUAUGCUUCCUUGCUUAGCAAGUAGAUUGAAAAUGGAAGGAACAGGAGACCAAAAAUGCGAGGGAGAGGGCCAGACUUCACGUCAUGGUGAAGAGGAUGAGAAAGGAAUGAUAUAUGGUGAUGUCAACAAGGAACAUGAUGAAGACGAGUGGCAUGGUGAUGAUGAGAAGGAUGAGGUACACUAUGGUGAUGGCAAGGAGGAGGAAGACAAUGAAGAUGCACUCAAUGGUGAUGAUGCGGAGGAAGAGGAUGAACAAGAGGCGCUCCAUGGUGAUAACAAUAAGAACAAUGAAGAGCGGGGGACUGAUCGCUACCGUUCAAUUACAGAACUCUAUAAAAUAACAACACAAGUUACAGGAUGCAGCUUGACAAGUACUGAAAAAUAACGAGAGUAGAGCUGGGGAAGAGAGGAUAA